UCUCUGUGCCCCCUCCCCGCCGUUCCCCCCUCCCCGCUCUCCCUUUCCGCCCGUUCCGCCCCUCACCGUUCCCCUCUCCCCCCGCUCUAUUUUUUUCCCCGUUUUCUCCCGUUUUUCCCCCAUUUCUUCCCCACCAUGUCCGAGUCCCUGGGCUGGUGCGUGGAGGCCGUGCGGGCCGCGGCCGAGCCGUCGCUGUCUCGGGCGCUGCUGGCGCUGCGGGCCCGGCACACGCGGCGGGCCGGGGGCCCCGCGCGGUUCCGGGAGCGAGGGGGGCUCGGGCCGCUGCUGGAGCUGGUGGGGCCCGAGAGGCCCCGGAGGGUGCUGGAGCUGGCGCUGAGCGUGCUCGGGAACUGCUGCACCGAGCCCGGCUGCCGGCGCCAGGCGCGGAGCCUCGGAGGGGUGCCGCGGCUGGUGUCCAUCCUGUCCGUGCCCGGUGUCCCCGAGAGCGUUGGCAACCGCGUCGCCCGGACCUUGGCCAACCUGGCCCUGGAGCCCGAUGGGGCACGAGAUGUGCUGGAGGCCGGCGCCGCUCCGCUCCUCAUCACCCUCACCACCACCUGCAGCACCCAUGGGUGCCUCCUCAGCGCCGCCCGCUCCCUCCGCAUCCUCAGCACCCCCUGCCCACCCCUCCUAUCCCUCGCUGACCGCGUCCGAGCGGCCGCAGCGCUCUCCGGCCGCUUGACCACCCUGUCCCCCACUGACCCCACAUGUCCAGCACUGACCAGAGCCCUCCACACCCUGCUGGUCACUCCAGGCUCAUCCAGCGUGGCUCAAGCGGUCACUGCGGCCAUUCCUGUGCUGGUCACUCUGGCCGGACGGCCUGGGCUGGACAUUGGGGGUUCGGCCAUGGCGGCGUUGGCAGCGCUGAGUGGACAGGGGGGGCUGCGGCCGCAAUUGGGGGCGGCCGGAGCGGUGGAGGCGGCGAUAGGGGCGGUGAGGAGGGGGCUGGGGAUGGGAAAUGGGGAGGGGGAGGUGGGGGAGUGGGGGUCCCAAAUUGGGGGUGGAGGUCCCAAAUUGGGUGAGGGUCCCAAAUUGGGGGGUGGGAGUCUCAAAUUGAGAGGGGGUCACAAAUUGGGUGGGGGGUCUCAAAUUAAGGGUGGGGGUCCCAAAUUGGGUGGGGGUCCCCAUUUGAAUGGGGGUCCCCAAUUUGGGUCUGGGGGUCCUAAAUUAGGUGAAACCCCCAAAUUUAAGGGUGGGGGUCCCCAAUUUGGGUCUGGGGGUCCCAAAUCCAGGACCAAGGAUCCCAAAUUUGGGUCUGGGGGUUCCCAAUUUGAGUCUGGGGUCUCCACCCCCCAAUUUGAGUCUGGGGGUCCUGAAUCAGACAAAACCCCCAAAUUUGGGUCUGGGGGUUCCCAAUUGAAAUCUCAGGGUUCCCAAUUUGAGUCUGGGGUCUCCUGUCCCCAAUUUGAGUCUGGGGUCUGCAGCCCCCAAUUCGGGUCUGGGGUCUCCUCUCCUCAAUUUGGGUCUGGGGGUUCCCAAUUUGAAUCUAAGCGUUCCCCAUUUGAGUCUGGGGGUUCCCGAUUUGGGUCUGGGGUCUCCUCUCCCCAAUUUGAGUCUGGGGUCUCCUCCCCCCAAUUUGAGUCUGGGGGUCCCAAAUCAGACAAAACCCCCAAAAUUGGGUCUGGGGGUUCCCGAUUUGGGUCUGGGGUCCGCAGCGCGCAGUUCGAGGCGGGCGCGCAUGCGCUGUGCCUGCUGUGUCGCGAGGCCGUCAACCGAGGGCGCGUGCGCCGCUCGGGCGGGCUGCCCGCGCUGCUGGCGCUGCUGCGCGAGCCGCGCUCCUCCCCGCGCAUGCGCCGCGCCGCCCUGCUGGCCCUCAGCGCCUUCGCCUGGGACCCGCCCGCCCUGCGGGUGAUUGACAGGCGGGGGGCGGUGCCGCUGCUGGCGCGCGCCCUGCGCGCUGGCCCCGCCCCCAAUCGCGCCGGGGGGGGGCGGCAGGAGGAGGAGGAGGAGGAGGAGGAAGAGAGAGAGGAGAGAGAGGCGGCGUCGGCGGAUUGGCCGCGGGAAUUGGGGCUGGGGGCUGCCAAAGAGGCGGCGGCGGGCAGCUACAGGGGGCUCAGAACCUGGCUCAGCAGCACCGGGGUUGAGCCCCGCCCCCCUUCACCGCUGGCCACGCCCCCUAGCCCCGCCCCCUUAGCAGAACCCCGCCCCUCAAAGCCCCGCCCUCCCUCGCUGCUCUCAUUGGCUCUCCCCCCAAUCCCCGCCCUCCUAACGGAGCCCCGCCCCCCGGAGGCUCCAGCCUUGCUCCUAUUGGAGCGUUUGGCGCUUCCGCCCCGCCCCUCCCCGGCUCUCCCCUCCCCUCCGGUGCUCGCCGCCAUCUUGGCUUACCUGACGGGGGCUCCGCGCCCCUCCCCCCGCGCCCCCCGCUUGCUGCAGCUUUUGGUGCAAAAUCCGCAAAUUUUGGGGCUCCUGGUUCGGGGGUUCGGCCCCUCCCUCAUCCACUGCUGGCUCGUGCUGGGGGUGCGGCCCCAAACGUGGGCGGGGGGCGCGGGGAGAGACCCCGGCCCCGAAAUGGCGCCCGAGAGGAGGGAGAGGCUGAGGGAGCUCGGUGAGGCCCUGCUGCGCAGCCUGGCGGCCACAGCCGAGUCUCCAUUUGGGGUGGGGGUCCUGACCCACGGCCUGAGGUGUGGGAGCCCCCCGGCCCGGCUGGCCUGUGCUGCUGCCCUGCCCCUGCUGGCACGGCCGGGCUCCCCGCUGUGGCCCCUCCUCUGGGGUGGGGGCGGGGCGAUGCCGCUGCUGCUCGGAGCCGCCAUUGGUGCAGCGCGCGGAGAGGGCGGGGCCAACGGAGGGGGCGGGGCCAACGGAGUGGGCGGGGCCAAAGGAGGGGGCGGAGCCAAAGGAGGGGGCGGGGCCAUCCCUCCCCCCUCAGCCCUGGCUCUGUUUGCGGCCGCCGCCAUUGGAAAGGUGAGCGGCCAUGGGGACACCAAGGACAAUUUUGGGGACACCAAGGACACUUUUGGGGACAUCAAAAAUGGAUUUGGGGACAUCGAGGACACCCCUGAGGACAUCAAGGACACCAUUGGGGACAUUGGGGACACCUUUGGGGACAUUGGGGACACUUUUGGGGGGCUCUCACCUGGCCCCAAAUGGCCCCAGGUGACCCCAAAAGUCCCCAAACGUCCCCCAAUGUCCCCAAAUGUCCCCAAGUGCUGUUUGUCAUUGUCACCGCCCCCUUGCAAACGGCUCCGGAUGUCGCCAAAUCCUGCGGAAAUGGCCCCAAAUCCUGACCAGGUGUCCCCAACCCUCCCAAAUUCCCAUCCCCAAAUGUCUCCAAUGUCCCCAAAUCCCUCCCAAAUGUCCCCAAACCUCCAUAAUCUCCCUAAUUCCGCCACCAACCCCAGGUGA